GCGGAGCUCCUAAACAGGCCCUAGGUCGGUUGUUGUGGGCGUGACAUCGAGAACAGCGCCCCGCCUGUGGGAUGCCGUUAUUUUAAAACUCCGCUGAAGGAAAUAAAAUAACAGAAAUACGCCUUAGAGACACAAGAAUCAUGGAGAAUAAGGAUGCGAACCCCCCUCCAUCGGAAAAAGCGGCUGUGCACGACCAGCUAAACCCUCCACCCUAUCCUGAAGGGCCUUCAAUGGGAUACCCACAGCCUGGUCAACAACCCUACGCCGGACAGCCUGGACAGCCCUACCCCGGACAGCCCUACCCUGGACAGCCUGGACAGCCCUACCCCGGACAGCCCUACCCCGGACAGCCCUACCCCGGACAGCCCUACCCCGGACAGCCUUACCCCGGACAGCCCUACCCCGGACAGGUCUACCCUGGUCAAACUGUGAUUACCCUACACCCAGGUGUGCCUCUGUCCCCUCCUGAAAAAGACUACCUGGGAUAUUCCAUCUUCACCCUGCUGUGCUGCUGUAUGCCAUUGGGGAUUGCUGCCUUGAUUUACUCAAUCUUUACACGGGAAGCCAACAGAAAUGGAAAUCGCGCAGAGGCAGAGCGAACCAGCCGCUACUCACGAAUCCUUAACCAUACCGCCGUCGGACUUGGUGUUCUGAUGAUCAUCCUCAGCAUCAUCUAUGUAAUUGUCGUUAUGACAGCAUUCACCUAAUAUGCAACAAAAUUAUUGGUUACUUGUUCAUUUCAGUACCUUAUAUGUAAAAUCUGCAUUUAAAAGUCAUAGAUAGGCCUAAAUAGAAAUGAUAAAGUGUUGAAGUAGGUCCCAUAUUUCAUGUUUAUAUUUUUAUAUUUUGUGUCUAGAUUCCAUUAAAUUCUACAAAAUACAACUUUUGAUAAUUCUACAGUCAUAUUUUUGUCAAAUACACUGUCCACAUUUGCUGCUGCUAUGCAUAAAGGAAAUAAUUAUUGGUAUGUUGGAAUUAGUUUGCAGCUUAAGAUUUAAGAGUAUUGGAGACAACUAGCUGUCAAAGGUUGUCUAAGAAAUGCCCUCAGUUAUUUUUUUAUGUGUACUGCACAUGCUUGCUUCUUCCAUGUUUGUUAUGAAUAAAGAACACUUAUGCUUUUACAUAAUGUAUCCACUUGAAUUUUAAAUAAAUCACUUUUGCUUGUA